ACCAAAUUUCAUUUCUUACCCAUUUUCCCGUUUUAUUACAAACCAAUCAAUAAUUCCGAGUUUGCUCAAAUCAAACGAUUCCAAUUCCACCAGAAAAAUCGAUUUUAACACCUGUUGUAAGCCAAAUUGGGCCUCAUUUGCUAUAAACCCGGCGAUUUCGAACAAAAUUUAAACACCCACGAUGCCAUCGGAGGAUAAUUUACAACAAAUCGAGAAAGAUUUGAACGAAUUUUAUCAAUUUUGCAAAGAAAAUCGUUUAAGCGAGAAAGAAAUAGCGCAAAUAUGUAAACCGCUUUCGGAACGAGUUAAUAAUUUCCCAUUUAAAGGUUAUGUUCUUAAAAUAACCUUAAUCUUAUUAAUUCUUUAUUUAUUAUCGUAUUUGGAGUUAUUCUCAUGGAUUUAUUCGGCGAUUGGGCGCCUUUUUUUGAUCGAAUUAUUACCGUAUUGGAAUUGGCAAGUUUUGCAAUCGGAAAAAUGUUUAAUUUCAAAUUCGAAACCACAAAAUCAAAAAAACACGAAAGAUUGCUCAUUUUGUGAAUAUCUAGAAACGAUUGAUGUGAUUGAUUCGUUUGAAAUCGAUUUAAUUUAUGAGAAUUACAUAAAAUUGAAUAAACCGGUUAUUUUAGAGAACGGAUUGGAGAAUUGGAACAUUCCUAACCUUAAUUCGACGCUGUUUGAUCGGAUUUUAAGCGAUAAAGUGAUCGCGAAGAGUUAUCCUUGUAAGUUUUCGUCGAAUUUGUAUUUUAAAGACGAUACUUUAUCGGAAUCGUUAAAAAACUACAAAAAUCAUCGAAUUUAUUUCAUGCAUUUCCAAAAUUGCCAAUACGAUGCCGUCAAAGCGAUGAGAAAAUACUUUCCAAGGCCUAAUUUCUUGGUUCCAGAAAUAUAUCCGACCCAAUACAGCUGGUUGGUGAAAUCGAAGAAUUACAAAAUCGAAAAAUACAAGGAAUUGUUUUUUGAUGAUUCGAUUAUAAUUGUGGGGCAAUUAGAAGGUGGGGUUGAGGUUAUGUUGCACCCGGAAACGUGCGAAAACGAUUGUCCAACGCUUAAAAUCAACCUAAUUAAAGGGGAAGUGCUUAUUUUUACGAAUUUUUGGAGAUUCGCUUAUUUACCUAACGGAGACGGCGAUAAUUUGCAGGUUAUUUUAGAAACGCGUUAAAAAAAAUAAAAUUGAUGUAAUUAAUUAAAUGUUGUGAUUAAUAAAUGUGGAAAAAAUUUAAA